CAGGUCUCACUGGGCACCUUGGAAGUCUGGACUCUGCAGAGUGACCAUCAAGUAUUGAUAAAGUUUUAAGAGAGACAGCCAAUAUCUGAAGGUCACAGCAGGGAUUUGCCUGGAGCGUUUUCCUGUGGAGAGCUGGCAGUGCUCUUGGCUUCUCGUGUUCCCUGUCAGCAUCUCUGUGUGGGUGAGGAGCAAACCAAGCCAAAACUUUUGAUGAGCGUUUGCAAAAGAGCUCAAAGCUUCCCAUGGCCCUGUCUUGGGUGGGGAUUGGAGCUGGGCCUUGAGCUGGUGACAGAUUUAUGGGAUUUUUCCCAGUGCCUGGAUGGUGUUGCUAGUUUCCAGUGUAACAGGAUCCCAUGAGGGUGAGUGGCUUUGGAGUUGCUCCUGUUGCCUGUGGAGCCACGUGAUGGGAUGAACUCACAGCUCUGGAGCAGGCAGGGCUGCAGAACCCAUCCCUCCAGAAGAGCAGCCUUUGCUCCAGAAAGUGCACACAGACACUGCAAGAGCUGAUUUUUCCUUUUCUUUCAACUAUCCACUCCUGGAUUUGCUUUGUUCCAACCCUCCAUGGAUCCUGCAGAUUUUGGCCAGCUCUGACACCACAAUUCCCAGGCUAAGAAAUUUGGUUUUCAUAGUGUCUCAGCAUUGUCAGGCAAACAACUCCAACGUGUGCAGCACUCUGGAGGAUCCGUCUGACUGUGCCUGAGCCUUCUGCUUUUCUUCUGGAGCUGCUGGAGUGGAAACUUGCCCCACAUCAGCACAGCCUGGUUUGGGGAGGGCUACAACUCCUGCCCUGUCUGUCAUCCCUGUUCCUGAGUGCUUUCCAUGACCCUUUGAUGAACAGUGACCUCUUGUCAGCCUUGAGAUCUGCAUUUGCCUCUUCUGAUGUCUCCAGCCCUGUCUUGAAACACUCACAGGAACUGAUGUGGUGCAACCGUGGGAUUUGUAGUUCCUGAAUCCGGCCUGGCUGAUCCUGGAGGAGGAGGAGGAAGAGGAAGGGGAGAGCCUCCUGUCUGUGUCACUCUUCAGCUCUUCACACUCCUCAGGCUCCAGCUCUGGACCCCCACCCUGCUGCAGGGCUAGAAAAUGCCUCGUGGCUCAUGGGAAGCAGGAUGCCCAGGAAGGCAGCAGUGGGAGUGAGGGUUUCACAAUCUGCUCCCAACUCAGCUGCUGUGGGGCUGGUUGGUGCUUCCCAGCAGAGAAAGUGCUGAAUUAGAGAGAGAAAUGCUGAAUUUCUGACAAGAAAACACAGAAUCUUUCAAGGAGACACACCUUCAGCAUGGCCCAGAAAAGCCAGACUGGUGGAACUGAGAAAAACGGGUCCUCCCUCCUGUACAGCAAGAGUGAUUUCAAGGAAGGAGCCCUGCAGUGGGUGAAAGAUCCUCCCCAAGGCCAGGUGCUGCUGGUGCUCAGCAUGGACAACACCUGCCCCAGCUCCUCCUUCGAUAUGGACCUUUGUGCUGACAAGCUGCAGUCCCUCGGCAUCCAGGUGCCGAUGGAUCCAUGGAGAAGGCUGAUCCAGGAGGGUGUCCUGAGGCCCGAAGUGAGGCGGUACCUGUUCUACAGCUCCAGGGGCUUCCAGAUUGCCAUGGCUGUGGUUUUCUACAUCUCUCUCUGGACAAACCUUUACUCCACCCUCCAGCUGUGUUCUCUGGGCCACUCCUGGGGGGCUGGCGUGCUGGUGACACUGGUGGCCCUGGCUCUCACUGUCCUGGUGAUCCUGGUCAUUGAUGGGCACCAGAGGAAGCUAAAUGUGAACACGGAUGUGAGGCUGGCAGCUGUCAAUGAAAUCUUUAUCAAACACAGCAUAAUCCUGGGGAUUACAGAUGUCCUGGAUGGGCCACACAGCAUCCUACAACUGUGGUUUGUGCACUUCAGCCCCGAGCACUGCCUCCAGGCCCUGGCAGCCCACAUCACUCACCUGCAGGGGACACAGGCAGGCUUGAGGCACAGGCUGAAUAAGCUCUGGGUGGUCAUGGAUGUGGCAGCUCAGCCCGAGUUGCAGGUGGAGGAGGAGGCUCCAUGUGAAGAAUCCCCUCUUUUAUCCAGAGGUGUGACCCUGAAUAAAGAUCCUGUGACCUGCAGUGAGCUCCUGCCCCUCAUCCCUGAGGGCCCACCCCAGGUGAGGAGAAACAUCCCCCUGACAGCAGCACCAAAUCACCCCCAAGGCAUCUCAGCUCCAAAACUCAUUUCAGCCGUGGGACACACCACCUUUUCCUCCAGCAGAAGCACCUGGAAGGCCACACACACCUUCUCCAGCCCUGGUGCUGCCAGGAGGAGAAGGAAACCCUUAAAAACCUGAAUUCCACGUUUGUAAACUGGAAUUCAAAGCUGUCUGAGCAGCUGGGGAUAAUCCUUGAGGAAUUCACAGAUUGGGCUUUUCCUUGCUGGUCUCAAGGGUCCUGUUUUGAAGA